AUGGAUUAUCUUGAGCAGGAAAAUCGGGUACUUCGUGAAGAAAUGACAGUCAUGCAGACUAGGAUGGACGAGAUGGCUGAAUUAAUAAAAACAAUGGCAGAAACUCAGACUCAAGCUCAAGCACAGAUUCAAGCACAAGCGCAAGCAUUGGCACAAGCGCAAACUCAAGCUCAGGCCGUAACAGAAGCGCAGGCCCGAUCACAAGCACCUCCACCCCCUCCUCCUAUCAGAACUCAGGCCGAGCCAUCUUCUUCUUGGACACUAUGUGCUGACACUCCAACGCAGUCCGCUCCGCAACGUUCCACGCCUUGGUUUCCACCUUUCACUGCUGGGGAGAUAUUUCGUCCUAUCGCUUGUGAAGCUCAGAUGCCCACUCACCAGUACACGGCUCAAGUACCCCUACCUGCCAUGAGGGUCACUCCAGCCACCAUGACCUACUCAGCACCUGCGAUACAUACAAUUCCGCAAACUGAAGAGCCUAUCUUUCAUUCAGGGAAUGCAGAGGCUUACGAGGAAGUAAGCGAUCUACGAGAAAAGUAUGACGAACUACGCCGAGACAUGAAAGCCCUCCGUGAAAAAGGGAAAUUUGGGAAGACUGCGUACGAUCUCUGUUUGGUACCGAGUGUGCAGGUGCCUCACAAAUUCAAGAUCCCAGAUUUCGAGAAAUACAAAGGAAGCUCUUGUCCUGAGGAACAUCUAAAAAUGUAUGUGAGAAGGAUGCCUGCGUAUGCCCAAGAUGAUCAGAUUCUUAUUUACUACUUCCAAGAAAGCUUGACCGGCCCUGCUUCAAAAUGGUACACAAACCUAGACAAAACAAGGGUUCAAACUUUCCGUGACCUUUGUGAAGCUUUUGUGGAACAGUACAGUUACAAUGUAGACAUGACUCCGGACCGAAGCGAUCUCCAAGCCAUGACUCAGGGAGAUAAAGAGACGUUCAAAGAGUACGCCCAACGGUGGAGAGACACCGCUGCCCAAGUCAGCCCACGAAUUGAGGAGAAAGAGAUGACCAAGCUCUUCCUAAAAACUCUGAAUCAUUUUUAUUACAAAAAGAUGGUCGGGAGUACACCAAAGAGCUUCGCGGAGAUGGUUGGUAUGGGAGUACAGUUAGAAGAAGGAGUCCGAGAAGGACGCUUAGUAAAGAAUACAACUCCUGCCAGUGGGACCAAGAAGACCGGGAAUCAUUUCCCGAGGAAGAAAGAGCAAGAAGUCGGUAUGGUGACUCAUGGAAGGCCUCAACAAACUUAUCCAGCCUAUCAACACAUUGCUGCCAUCACACCCACCUCUCACCCUUUUCAACAAACAAAUAACCAUCCUCAAAUACCGCAAUAUCCUCAAAUACCGCAAUAUCCUCAAAUACCACAAUAUCCUCAAUUCCCACAAAAUCCUUCACCACAAAAUACUCAACAACCAUACCAACAACAACCAUACCAACAAUUCCCAUACCAACAAUACCCUCAACAAAAUUUCCAACAACAACCUUAUCAACAACGCCCACAACAACCGCGACCACCAAGAAUGCCGAUUAACCCAAUACCAGUCACCUAUGCAGAAUUACUUCCCGGCUUACUCAAGAAAAACCUUGUCCAAACUAGAACAGCUCCUCCUAUCCCAGAAAACUACCAUCUUGUGCAGAGGUUGAUCAAUGAUGGAAAAAUAACUUUCACAGACUCGGCGCCAAAUGUCCAAACAAACCCAUUGCCGAAUCAUGGUGCCGCAACAGUCAACAUGAUCGAAGAUUGUCAAAAGACUCGUCCCAUUCUGAAUGUUCAACAUAUCAGAACACCCUUGGUCCCGUUACAUGCCAAGUUAUGCAAAGUCGACCUUUUUGAGCAUGAUCAUGAUCUCUGUGAAAUAUGCCUUAUGAACUCCGGAGGAUGUCAGAAAGUAAGAAAUGAUAUUCAAGGGCUUCUAGACCGAGGAGAGCUUGUGGUCGAAAGGAAGUGUGAUGAUGUGUGUGUAAUAACUCCCGAAGGACCUUUGGAGGUAUUUUAUGACAGUCGAAAGUCAACUAUCACCCCUCUGGUGAUCUGCUUACCGGGUCCACUACCAUAUGCUUCUGAAAAAGCCAUUCCAUACAAAUACAAUGCCACCAUGAUUGAAGAGGGUCGUGAGGUUCCAAUACCGCCUCUAUCUAGUGUGGAUAAUAUUGUCGAAGACAGUAGAGUUCUGAGAAAUGGGCGCGUUGUUCCCAUACUGUUCCCAAAGAAGAUUGAUGCUACAAUAAAUAAGGAGGUUCGGACUAAAGAUGCUGGUAUCGCCAAAGAAGUGGAUCAACCCAAUGGGGCUGGUACAAGUGCAGAGUUUGAUGAGAUUCUCAAGUUAAUAAAGAAGAGCGAGUACAAGGUUGUUGACCAAUUGAUGCAGACUCCAUCCAAAAUAUCCAUAAUGUCUUUAUUACUAAAUUCUGAGGCCCAUAAAGAUGCAUUAAUGAAGGUUUUAGAACAAGCUUUUGUGGAUUAUGAUGUAACGGUGGGUCAGUUUGGCGGAAUAGUAGGGAACAUCACUGCAUGCAACAACUUGAGUUUCAGUGAUGAAGAGCUCCCAGCAGAAGGAAGGAACCAUAAUCGGGCGCUGCAUAUAUCUGUGAACUGUAAAACCGAUGCUUUGUCAAAAGUGCUGGUGGAUACUGGAUCAUCUUUGAAUGUGUUGUCCAAAACAACUUAUACCCAACUCACAUACCAAGACGCACCUUUGAGACGAAGUGGGGUAAUGGUGAAAGCUUUUGAUGGCUCGAGGAAGGAUGUCCUUGGAGAGGUGGUUCUACCCAUCACAGUUGGGCCACAAGUUUUCCAAGUUAAUUUUCAAGUCAUGGACAUUCAAGCUUCGUAUAGCUGCCUACUGGGUCGACCCUGGAUUCACGAGGCAGGGGCUGUCACAUCCACGCUGCAUCAAAAGCUGAAGUUUGUAAAGAAUGGGAAGCUAGUAACUGUAAACGGUGAAGAGGCUUUAUUGGUGAGUCAUUUGUCAUCUUUCUCUUUCAUUGGGGCAGACGAUGUCGAAGGGACACCUUUUCAAGGGUUUACUAUAGAAGAUAAGAAUACCAAGAGGAAUGAAGCCUCUAUCUCGUCUCUGAAAGAUGCUCAGAAGGUCAUACAAGCAGGAGGGUCUACAAGCUGGGGAAAGCUGAUAGAGCUUCCAGAAAACAAGCACCGAGAAGGUUUGGGUUUCUUCCCAUCUACUAGUUUGUCCACAGCAAAGAAGGGCACUUUCCACAGUUCGGGCUUUAUCCAUGCAAUCAUUGAAGAUGAUCCUGAAAGUGUGCCACGAGGUUUUAUAACGCCAGGAGUAUCCAGCCACAAUUGGGUUGCCGUAGAUGUUCCUUUUGUUGCUCACUUAUUAGAAAUCGACGAACCCGUUGAACAACAUAACCCUAUGAUCUCUCCCAACUUUGAGUUCCCUGUAUAUGAGGCGGAAGAAGAAGAGAAUGAAGAGAUCCCUGACGAAAUCUCUCGACUACUCGAACAAGAGAGGAAGACUAUUCAGCCUUAUGGGGACGAACUAGAAGUGAUUAACUUGGGCACCAAAGAAGACAAGAAAGAAAUCAAGGUUGGGACAUCGCUCGAAACAAGUGUUAAAAAGCAAGUGAUAGAGCUCCUCAAAGAGUAUGUUGAUGUGUUUGCCUGGUCCUACCAAGAUAUGCCGGGUCUAGACACUGAUAUUGUGGUACAUCACCUACCUUUAAAACCUGGGUGUCCGCCAGUCAAACAAAAGUUGAGAAGAACACGUCCUGACAUGGCUCUCAAAAUCAAAGAAGAGGUACAGAAACAGAUCGACGCUGGUUUCCUCAUUACAUCAAAUUACCCCCAAUGGUUAGCUAACAUAGUGCCUGUUCCAAAGAAGGAUGGUAAGGUCAGAAUGUGUGUUGACUACCGUGAUUUAAACAAAGCUAGCCCGAAAGACGACUUUCCUUUACCUCAUGUUGACGUGUUGGUUGACAGUACUGCCAAGUCUAAAGUCUUCUCAUUCAUGGAUGGAUUCUCCGGUUAUAAUCAAAUCAAGAUGGCACCCGAAGAUAGAGAGAAAACAUCAUUUAUUACACCUUGGGGCACUUUCUGUUACAAAGUAAUGCCGUUCGGUUUAAUCAAUGCCGGAGCUACUUAUCAGAGGGGUAUGACUACUCUUUUCCACGAUAUGAUACAUAAAGAGAUUGAAGUCUAUGUGGAUGAUAUGAUAGUCAAGUCAAUUACUGAAGAAGACCAUGUCAAGUAUCUACAGAAGAUGUUCCAGCGCCUGAGGAAGUACAAACUUCGUCUGAAUCCCAACAAAUGCACUUUUGGUGUUAGAUCCGGAAAGCUUCUAGGUUUCAUUGUCAGCCAGAAAGGCAUCGAAGUAGAUCCUGACAAAGUCAAAGCCAUCAGAGAGAUGCCUGCUCCGAGAACAGAAAAAGAAGUAAGGGGUUUUCUUGGACGACUAAAUUACAUCUCCCGGUUCAUUUCUCAUAUGACUGCAACUUGUGGGCCGAUAUUCAAACUACUCCGCAAAGAACAAGGUAUUGUGUGGACCGAAGAUUGCCAGAAGGCUUUUGACAGCAUAAAGAAGUACUUGCUAGAACCACCGAUUCUCAUCCCUCCAGUUGAAGGAAGACCUUUGAUCAUAUACCUAACGGUGCUAGAAAAUUCCAUGGGUUGUGUGCUCGGACAACAAGAUGAAACCGGAAGAAAAGAGCACGCCAUUUAUUAUUUAAGCAAGAAGUUUACUGAAUGUGAAUCUCGCUACUCCAUGCUCGAGAAGACAUGUUGUGCUCUAGCCUGGGCUGCCAAGCGUCUCCGUCAUUAUAUGAUUAAUCACACUACUUGGCUGGUAUCUAAAAUGGAUCCAAUCAAGUACAUAUUUGAGAAGCCCGCUUUGACAGGAAGGAUUGCACGGUGGCAGAUGCUACUAUCUGAAUAUGAUAUCGAGUACCGUUCCCAGAAGGCAAUUAAAGGCAGUAUUCUUGUUGAUCACUUGGCUCACCAACCGCUUGAAGACUAUCAGCCUAUCAAGUUUGACUUUCCUGAUGAAGAGAUUAUGUAUUUAAAGAUGAAAGAUUGCGACGAGCCACUAUUCGGAGAAGGUCCUGAUCCAGAUUCAGUGUGGGGUUUGAUAUUUGAUGGGGCCGUCAAUGUAAACGGCAACGGCAUAGGGGCGGUACUCCUUACUCCUAAAGGUGCUCACAUCCCUUUCACAGCAAGACUCCGGUUUGACUGCACGAACAACAUCGCUGAAUAUGAAGCCUGCAUCAUGGGUAUUGAAGAAGCCAUUGAUCUAAGAAUCAAGAACAUCGAGAUAUAUGGAGAUUCAGCUCUUGUAAUCAACCAGAUCAAAGGAAAAUGGGAAACUCUUCAUGCAGGACUAAUACCUUAUCGAGACUAUGCAAGACGUUUAUUGACCUUCUUCAACAAAGUGGAAUUACAUCAUAUCCCUCGGGAUGAGAAUCAGAUGGCUGAUGCCUUGGCUACUUUGUCUUCAAUGAUCAAGGUGAAUCAUCACAAUGACGUGCCGCUAAUCAGUGUCAAAUUCCUUGAUAGACCCGCUUAUGUGUUUGCCGCUGAAGCAGUUUUCGACGAUAAACCGUGGUUUCAUGAUAUUAAAGUGUUUCUCCAAACUCGAGAGUAUCCUCCUGGAGCAUCCAACAAAGAUAAGAAGACUCUCAGAAGAUUAUCUAGUAAUUUCUUCCUGAAUGGGGAUAUCUUGUACAAAAGAAACUUUGACACGGUCUUGCUCAGAUGUGUAGACAAAUAUGAAGCUGAUUUAUUGAUACAUGAAAUACACGAAGGAUCCUUCGGAAUUCAUCCUAAUGGGCACACAAUGGCUAAAAAGAUAUUGCGAGCAGGCUACUACUGGAUGACAAUGGAGUCAGAUUGCUACAAGCAUACCAGAAAGUGUCACAAGUGUCAGAUAUACACCGACAAGAUUCAUAUGCCGCCAACUACACUCAAUUUACUUUCCUCUCCGUGGCCUUUCUCUAUGUGGGGCAUUGACAUGAUCGGAAGGAUUGAGCCCAAAGCUUCAAAUGGACACCGUUUUAUCCUAGUGGCUAUUGACUACUUCACUAAGUGGGUUGAGGCCGCAUCGUAUGCCAAUGUGACCAAACAAGUAGUGGUCAAAUUUAUCAAGAAUCAUAUCAUUUGUCGUUAUGGCAUCCCCAACCGGAUCAUCACCGACAACGGAACAAAUCUAAACAACAAGAUGAUGAAAGAAUUGUGUGAUGAUUUCAAGAUCGAGCACCAUAACUCUUCACCUUACAGACCCCAAAUGAAUGGUGCUGUCGAAGCUGCAAAUAAGAAUAUAAAGAGGAUUGUCCAGAAGAUGGUGGUGACUUAUAAAGAUUGGCAUGAAAUGCUUCCCUUUGCAUUACAUGGAUAUCGUACUUCUGUACGCACAUCAACAGGGGCAACUCCCUUCUCCCUGGUAUAUGGCAUGGAGGCAGUACUUCCUGUAGAAGUCGAGAUUCCAUCAUUAAGAAUUCUAAUGGAGGCUAACUUAUCAGAAGCUGAAUGGGUUCAAAAUAGAUACGACCAAUUGAAUCUGAUUGAAGAAAAGCGCAUGGCAGCCCUAUGUCACGGACAGUUAUAUCAAAAAAGGAUGAAACAGGCUUUUGACAAGAAAGUUCGUCCCCGUGAGUUUAAAGAAGGUGAUCUCGUGCUCAAAAAGAUUUUCUCUUUCCAACCAGACUCCCGAGGCAAGUGGGCUCCUAAUUAUGAAGGACCGUAUGUUGUUAAAAAGGCCUUCUCAGGUGGUGCCAUGACUCUACAAACCAUGGACGGUGAAGAACUUCCACGACCUGUGAACACGGAUGCAGUCAAGAAGUACUUUGUCUAAAAAUUUUAAAGAACAGCUCGGUAAGUCGAAAACCCGAAAAGGGCGGCUUAGGCAAAAAUGAGCGUCUCGGUGGACUGAAAACCCGAAAGGGCGGUCCAGGCAAAAAUUAGAGACAAUAAACAGAGAUCAUUAUCC